AUUAUUGUCAUAUGCAUUUAUCUUCACUCUGAUGAGGGCUCAGGCACGAUAACACCCCUGGCUCCCCACUCCCGUAGGAGCUGGCGUGAGGGCUGCCUGCUGCCUCCCCUCCAUUAGCCACAGCUAUUGGAUUUCCCACCCAGAAUCUUUAGUAAAUGAGAUCAUGAUUCUGGAAGGAAGUGGUGUAAUGAAUCUCAACCCCAGCAACAACCUCCUCCACCAGCAGCCAGCCUGGACAGACAGCUACCCCAUGUGCAACGUUUCCAGUGGAUUUUUUGGAGGCCAGUGGCAUGAAAUCCAUCCUCAGUAUUGGACCAAGUACCAGGUGUGGGAGUGGCUCCAGCACCUCCUGGACACCAACCAGCUGGAUGCCAGCUGCAUCCCUUUCCAGGAGUUUGACAUCAAUGGCGAGCACCUGUGCAACAUGACUUUGCAGGAGUUCAUCCGGGCGGCAGGGACAGCAGGGCAGCUCCUUUACAGCAACUUGCAGCAUCUCAAGUGGAAUGGCCAGUGCAGUAGUGACCUGUUCCAGCCCACACCCAAUGUCAUAGUCAAGACCGAACAAACGGACCCUUCCAUCAUGAACACCUGGAAAGAAGAAAACUAUUUAUAUGACACCAACUAUGGUAGCACAGUAGAUUUGUUGGACAGCAAAACUUUCUGCCGGGCCCAGAUCUCCAUGACAACCACCAAUCACCUCCCCGUAGCAGAGUCACCUGACACAAAGAAGGAACAAGACCACCCUGCCAAGUCCCACACCAAAAAGCACAACCCGCGCGGGACUCACUUGUGGGAAUUCAUCCGCGACAUCCUCCUGAACCCAGACAGGAAUCCAGGGUUAAUCAAGUGGGAGGACAGGUCAGAGGGCAUCUUCAGGUUCUUGAAAUCGGAAGCUGUGGCUCAGCUGUGGGGAAAAAAGAAAAACAACAGCAGCAUGACCUACGAAAAGCUCAGCCGAGCCAUGAGGUACUACUACAAAAGGGAGAUUCUGGAACGUGUGGACGGGCGCAGACUGGUAUAUAAGUUUGGGAAGAACGCACGCGGAUGGAGAGAAAAUGAAAACUGACACCUGGAACCCGAACCGAACCAGCCCCCUUCACCUAACGAGCCUAGCUCCUGGACGUAAAUAUUUCAAAGACGGUUUUCUCUGAUAUUUAUGUGCCAGGAAGGGGAGAAAGGAAAGUCCACUUCUAACGGGAGAAGGAACACUACAGUCGAUACAAUUAUUUUGUUACUUUGAAGUAUAUCCUAUGUGGGGAACAAACGUACACAGUUUUCUGUGAACUAUGACGCUGCAUGUGGUUUUGUGAUUUGUUUUUGCCUUUAUUGUGAAGUUCUUUCCACUGCAAGAAGAAUGGGGUUUGUGGCCUGUGCUUCUUGCUAAGAGAAAAGAAAAAAACGUCAGAGGGCAUUAAAUAUUUUAUAUGCAAAGGAUUUAGGAAAAGAUAACGUGUCCUUCGCUCGCACAUAAGCAUCCACACGGCCUCAUCAAGAGAGGCGGGCACAGUUGGUAGGAUGAACUCCAGGGUCUCGGAUGGACAAGACGAACCAGAGGAUGCUGGGAAGUUUAACCUGCCCCUUAGGAGCCACCGAGUGGAGAAUGAGGACUCCCCAAAUCCAGGUGGACUGUAAUCAGUGCAUAAUCACAUGACUUGCAAUGUUCAAAUCAGCGAGAAGAAUAAUGGUGGGGGCUUUCUACUCGUUCAGGAAUGAUUUCCCUGAUGCCAAGGCUCUCUUCCCUCCUUCCUCUUGGAUGAUUGGUGAACAACUUCAGUUACCACCUCUGCUAACUUCUAGUUAUUUAAGAAAGGGGCCAGUCUUGGUUACUUUAUGACAAUUGCCUAAAAAUAAAUGGGAAAAAGGA